AUGUAUCAACAUCAUCAUCAACAGCAGCAGCAACAACAGAAUUCAUAUUAUAAUAUGCCACGUUCCAUAGAUUUACCACCUCCUUUACAUAUACAACAACAAGGUUACCCACCAAAUUACUAUCCUCAAGGUCCAAUCACUCCAUUUGAUCUUAGUUAUGGUCAAUCAAUGAUACCUUCCAAUUUGUUGGUUAGUUCUCCUUAUUUCACUCCUCCUCCUUCUGCAACUCCUCAAUACUUUAAUGCAGUACAUCAACAUUCUCUACCACAACAAUCUCCUUCUCCAAGAAUUUCCCAAUUGAAGUUACGUGGUAAACAAGGUGGAUACAAGAAAAAUGGUCCAUAUCUAACUUCAAUGAAUUCAUCAACAAGUUCCGUUGACCAACAUCAUAGUAACAACCAAAAACCAACCAGUGUUUCAAGAACAAUUGUGUUUAAAAAUAUUAAUGACUCAGUUUCCUUGCAUCAGUUUUUGGAUGCCAUUGAUCAUGGUCCAAUAGAAUAUUGUAAAAUGUUUACCAAAAAAAUCCCUAAAUCACUAAUUAAAAAUGAAAAUGAUUUUGAUGGUGCCACUAGUUUCCAAGUUUGUUAUUUAUCAUUUAAUAAUUCCAUAAUUGCUAAUCAUUUUUUCUCAAAAUAUGCUGAAAAUAUGGACCCAUUAAAAGAAAAAUUACUCGAUUCAAAGUUUUUGAAAAUUCAAUUAAAUGAUGGUGAUUCAACUCAAGAUUACAUAAAAUUGAAGACCCUAAAUUAUAUUCUUGAAUCAAAUGCAACCAGAGCUACAACAAUAUCAUUUAGCAUUGUUCAUAAAGAUACCAAAGAAGAAUUAAAAGAUGAAGACGAAGAAGAAAUCAAACAGUUUAUUUAUCAUCAAUGUGAAAAAUUUGGUUCUGUUGAAGAUUUUAAAUUUUCAUGGGUUGAAAAUUCAAAUGGUGAUGACAACAACGACGACGAAGAACACAUUCCUGGUAGAAUCUAUGGUCGCGUAACAGCUCAUUAUUGUUCUAUUGAUUCAGGUAUUAGAUGUUUUGAAGAUUAUUUACGUCGCAUUCAUAACGAUUCACAACGAGAUGGAAAUACUGGCAACAAAAAGGGUAAACGUGGCACCAAAUUUGCAAAUGAUAUCAAUCAAAAAUAUGACUUGAAAUUUAGUCAUGUUGGGUUUAGCAAAGAUAGAUGUGAUAAAACUACAAUUGAACAACCUCAAGAGGCUAUUGAUAGUGAUAAUAUCAACAACCCAAUCCAGAGUAUACCAGAAGAUGAAGAGUCUAUUGAAGGUCCAUUGAACAGUAGCACGGAUUUGAAGACUUUUAUUACUUCACCUGAAAUUGAAAGAACUCCAAAUGGAUUAAACAUUGAUGAUCCUAUUAGUCCAAAUUCUUCUGAUAUAGAAACAUCACCUGCGAUGAAAUCUCCACUCAACAGCAAUGAUAUUAAUGAACAUGAUGAUGACAGUGAUAACACAGCUGAUUAUUCCAUUCUUUCUUCAAAUGCACAAUUUCCAAUGCAACCACCACAACCAGCAGCAUUUGUUCCAAUCAUUCCAUAUGUUUCUGGAAAUCCAUUGAUGACACAUUCCAAUCCUUCAUUGGUUUCAACUCAUUCGGCAGAUCCCGUCAAUUAUGGAAACAGAUCAAUUUAUUUGGGUAAUUUACAUCCAAAAACCACUAUUGAAGAAAUUGCCAAUAAUGUUCGUGCUGGUGGUUUAGUUGAAUCGAUUAAUUAUCAUCCUGAAAAAAGAGUUUGUUUUAUUACAUUUGUUGAUCCCAAUGUUGCUUAUAAAUUUUAUAUGAACCAUCAAAUUUUGCAUCAAUUGGUUAUUCAUGGUUAUGAAAUUAUUGUUGGCUGGGCAAAACAACAGAGUGGACCAUUACAUCGAGACAUAAUGCUUGCUGUCACUGCUGGUGCUUCAAGAAAUGUUUAUAUUGGAAUUCCAAGUUCAGGAUGUGGAUUGGUUUUACCUUCGGAAGAUGAAUUACGUAAAGAUUUUGGUAAUUUUGGAGGUAUGGAACAAAUUAAUUUUAUUCAUAACAGAGAAUGUGGAUUUAUGAAUUUUUUACACAUUGGUGAUGCCAUUAAUGUUGUUUCAUGUUUUGAAUUCGAUAAAGAGGAAUGUUUAAACAGAUUGAUGAAGACUUCUAGAUUGGAAACUGAGACUGAAAUUGAAGAAUUUUAUAAUAAAUAUAAAAAUUUCAAAAUUAGGUUUGCUAAAGAUAGAUGUGGUAAUAGUCCAAAGUUUUCAUUUAAGAAGAAAAUCACGGAAGAUCAUUUUGGUUAUUCUCAUUACCAACGUCGUUCCAGUACCAAUAGUUUCCGUAAUAGAAGAGAAUCAUCAGGUGAUACUACUCUCGAAACCGAAAACUUCAAUAGAGAAACCAUUGCGGAAGAGGCAGCAAUGGUAUUUGGAAUAGUUCAUAAAGAUAAAGAAAUUGAAACCGAAACUGAACAUGAACAUGAACAGGAUGAAACUAUGAGCAGAUCAACUGAAUUAGUUGAUGUUCCAGAAGAAGCUGAUGAAGGUGAAGAUGAAGGUGAAGAUGAAGGUGCCACUACUAUUAAAAACAAUGAUGAUGAUGAAGAAGAAAAUGAACAACAACAACAAGAAGAAGAAGACGAACUGGAUGAUGACGACGAUGAUGUUUCUAUUAUUAUUGGAUCAGAUGAAACUGCAUCUACUACAUUUACAAGGAUGUUAAAAAGGAUUCUAUGCAACAGAGUCAACAGAAGCAGCAACAAGAUCAGAAUAAACAGAAACAAGGUCGUAAUCGCAGAGUAA